AUGGAGCCUCAGAUGGCUGUGUCACUGGCUUCAGCUGUCAUACAACUUGUCGAAUUUUCGAGGAAAGUGGUCCAAAAAGACAAGAUGGGCAAAGUAUACAAAUCCACCGGCACCACCCUAGGAGAGGCUACACUGCUCGAUGACGCCAUCGCUAAUCUCGGCGACUUAACACAACAACUUGAGAAGGCACGACGCGUAUACUGCAAGUCACACAUAUCCCCUGAUCAGGAAAUUGCAGAUGCGCAACUGAUAGCAUUGGUGAAGGAUGCUGGGGGAGUGGCGAAGAUCUUACAGGCCACACUGGAUCAAGCGAAGCGCGACAAUGACGUGGAUCAGCAGAAAGUACUUGCACAAGAACUACGCAGCGUUCUGAGCUUGUACUACAGUCAGAAGACGAUAUGUGAUCUUGCGGAUAAACUUGGCUCUAUUCGCAAGCAAUCUAUCGCGCAUCACGAUUGGAAAACUACGGAGACGGUUGAUGUCUCGGCAUUUUCAGACACAUUUGAGAACUCCGUCGUAAGCAAUGAUAUGGAAGGCCGUUUCGCCAGCUUGAUGUUGGCGCGCUUGCAUUUCACCGGCAUGCACGAUCGGUACAAGGCGAUUCCUAUUGCGCACCCAGGAACCUCGCGAUGGAUAUUUGAUGCAAGUCCCGAACAGCCCAACACUGAUGACUUUGACUCCUUUCCUCGGUGGCUCGCAGCAACAGGGUCUAGCAAUGCAUAUUGGAUCAGUGGGAAGCCGGGUACUGGGAAGAGCAUGCUGAUGAAGUUCGUGUCUAGUCACCGUUGCACUACCGCUCACCUGCGCGCCUGGGCAAAAGGAAGAAAACUCGUCAAAGGGAGCUUCUUCUUGUCUAGUCCGGGCAACGACAUGCAAAAGUCGCGUAUGGGGCUUCUACAAGCCUUGCUUCACUCUGCGCUCAAAGGCGACAUGGAAAUCCUGAUCCAGGUCUUUCGUCAUCGCUGGCAACAAUUCCUUGCUUCUGGUGGAGGACGACAACCUUUCACAUGGCUUGAGCUGCGUCAGGCUUUCAUGACAAUGAUCUCCACGCCUAGCACACCAACUUCGUUCUUCUUCGCAAUCGAUGGCCUAGACGAACUCGAAGGCGGCCUGAAGGACAUUCUUCAAUUGAUCAAAGAUGUAGCAAAAUAUCCACAUGUGAAGGUUUGCGUUGCCAGUCGGUCAUCGCCAGAGCUUCUCCGCGCAUUGGCAGGCCAUCCUAAUCUACGCCCUGAACGUUGGAAUCGCCAGGAUAUCUACACCUACGUCACGGCCUCCCUGGUAAGGUCGCAAGUAUACGUCAAGCUCAGCAAAAAGGAUCCCAUCCGCGCUACUGAACUGGUCAAAGGUAUAGCUAAGAAGGCAGCCGGCGUCUUUCUCUGGGCAUACAUCGUGGCGCAAUUAUUGCUAGAUGAUCUAGCACCUACAGCCCGCGUAGGCAGUCUCAUUGCUCGGCUCGAGACAAUGCCAUCUGGACUAGAGCAACUGUUCAUCACACUCCUCGGACGUCUGGACACGAAGCAUCUCAAGCACGCGUCACAACUCCUUCGUCUGAUGACGAUAAAACCACGGCCUCUUCUGCUCGAGUUAUGGUUUGCGGACGGUAACAACGAUGACGCGGCAUUGAGGAAUGAAGCCCGGCCGCUGUCAGACAAUGAGAUAUUCGAGCGUCUCGAAAUGAUGAAUCGCCGACUGGUUUCCCGAUGCAGAGGCUUUCUAGAGACAGAAAGCCAAAGCGGAAGUCCAAGUUCUGGACUAUCGAAGACGUCUCGUGUUACCUGGACACACCGCAUUGCGAAAGACUUUGUCCGAUCCCAACGAAUAUGGAACACCAUACUCGACAACACCGGGCAUGAUGCUUUCGAUCCUGAAUGGCACUGGGCCAACGGUCAACUAGGUCUAUUCAAGACCGUCGCCGGGACCGGUAGUACCAAGACUUCUCACUUCCUAUCUUGCGUCGAGUACGCACUGCGACUAGAACAGCGGCUCAAUAUCUGCCCCGUCAAGUUCCUAGAUGAAGUCGGCCGUACCGCAACGAUAUACGCGACUGUAUACGACGACAUCGUGCCUCGGAAAUUCAAAGGCACCAUCAGCAGCUUUCUAGAAUUCGCUGUGCUGUUCAAUCUCGUAAGCUACGUUCGUGACAAGGGCCUAACCCUAUCGAAAGAGGAGUUAUUACAUGCUUCUCGCUUACUAGGUGCGCUGGAUGCAAAGAAGUGGGAAAUGUUUUUAAAGCGUUUUGACCACCCUGGGAUCUGGAGUACGCAAUUUGAAGAAAGAAGAAAGGACAUGCAUCAAGUUAUGGACAGCUUGAUUGAUCGCGGAGGCGGUGAGUCAAGAUGGCAAAGAGCGAGGAAGAGACUUUCUGGGCAGAAGAGGACGUGA